CCUUGAUUUCGUAAAUCUUAAGUCUUGACUUACAGAUUAGGACAUGUUCUAUUUCGUAAGUUUUGCCUUACGUACCAACCACGUUGACAAGCAACAAAUUGGUAAAUAAUUAGUUGAUAAGAGGCAAGUGAAUGAAAUUCCAGAAACAACUGCCCAAAAAAUAAACACAAAUCUGAAAAUAAAAUAGCUUCUAAUGCAUAAUGGAAAAAGGAUGACACUGAAAAGUUAAAUGAUUUGAGCCGCGCCAUGAGAAAACCAACAUAGUGCGUUUCCGACCAGCAUCCGCGCAGUCUGGUCCAUGCUGUUCGCUAACGGUUUCUCUAAUUGCAAUAGACUUUGAAGGCAAAACGAAAUAGUACAUGUCCUAAUCUGUAAGUCAGCUGUUACCUAUUGUAGUACACACAUAAGAAUUUGAGUAGCCGCGGAGCAGGGCUUUAAAAUUCAGCAUUUGAUAACUUUACGAGCAUAAAACAUCUCUGCUUAUCUCUUUAGUUAGUUUAUCUUGGUAUGUGGUAUAAUUCAAAGACAAUUCAUGAGGCGUGACCUACCCGCUGUCCUGGGUGUUUACCGCAGUAUUGCUAUAUGCUAUUUUGAUUGCAGAGGAUAAGGAUUAUCAAUAUACCUUAUUUGUCGUAUCUGCAAUAUGGAUUAUGUGCAGUAGAGUUGUAUAGUUUCGACAUAUUAAAAUAGAACUGUUAUAAUUAAGUAACGUAAACAGAAAUGAUAGAAAAAAUUAAUGGGGAACAUUAGUACCAAAUACGCUAGAGGGGAGCAAGUCAGAUCAGAAAAUGCAGUAACUUUACGAAAGGACUUACACGGACCAGAAGAUGCAGAAACCAUACGACAGGGGUUAGACGGACCAGAAGAUGCAGUAACUAUACGACAGGGAUUAGACGGACCAGAAGAGGAGGUAGAUGAAUCAGAAGAGAGAGUUACUAGAAGAGAAGAAUCAAACAGUAUCAACAGCAACGAACAAGUAGUAGAAAGACAUACUGAGCAAAAUCUUACAGGAGCAAACACAAAAGGCCUUUGCAAUCGUAAUAGAUUGGUAGGAUUGAUUAUUGUUUUAGCCGUUUUACUAGUGGCAGCGUUAGUAGCGUUAACAGCGUUAGCAGUUAACAUACAUUUUGCAAAGCGAAAUGCGGAAUCAUUGGCAACGCAAGUGUUGAUGCUUAGUACUGACUUAAACGCUGAUUUACGUAUAAGUACAGAGAAUAUUUCGUGUGAAAGGCCUUCAUGCAUCAUCUGUAAAACAGAAGUUAUGCCUCAUUUUGAAGCGUUACAUUGUGCUGUAUCUGUAAAGAAUGGCUCUUGUAUAAUGUGCGGAGGAAAGUGCAUGAUACUUCAGGGCUUACUAGACAAGGUGAAACAAAAUGCGACACAUGCGUGCAAGAAACCAAAAAUUGAAUUAAAUUGUUGUAUACUCGCAAUCGUGGGUAACCUCUCACACCAUUGCGAAGGAGGGUAUCUCUGCUACAACAAGAUAGUACACGACCAUCAUAACCAGUCAGUACACGAACCUGUAUGUAGGUGCCCGCCUGGAAGUCGAUCAGAACACUGUAAGAAACCAUAUACUGAAGCGGCUGAUUGCAGAUGUUUUAGAUCCACGCGGAAGUUUUGUGGUCAAAAGCAAAUAACACAUUGUGACAAUGUAAACUGGUCGACGUGCCAUAUGACUAGAUCAGAAUUAGGCGAACAAUACAACUGUCUUUGUAAUAAAUCAACAGGAACAGAUGACCAUUCCGCACAGUGUACACCAUCUGAUUCUGAUAGUACGAAAGAUCUUGGCUGAAGGAGAACAACUAAAAACCUUUUGUAAACAAAAUGUAUAUAUUGGAUGUAGCAACCAACUUUGUAUAUAAAUUGUUAAUACAAAUUGUCGUCAGCAUAUGCUACGGAGGAUGUACAUCUGGUUUCACGGACAAAAGCAGCUGACCAUGACAAAAUUGUUGACAAUUUCAAUUAGUAUACUGAGUAAAGUCUACAGUAAUAUAAUUCUUUCGAUCUGCAAACAGAUUUUGCGAGUCGUUUUCAACGGAAAACGUAGUUGGAAGACGAGGGUAAAGCACUGUAACGAUGGACUCGUUGGUUGUGAUAAUUGCCAUCGGUUAUGGUACCCUCUUUAAUGUCCCUUAACAUGUGGUGAUGUCUGAAUUGAAGAAUUCUGCAAGGCAAGAGAAGCCUACAUUACAUUUAUAUUCAAAUCAGAAAUACUAUAAAAAUGACAAACGAGAUUGUGGCGGAUGGAAAGGGAUAUAACUGGUAAUACAUGUACAAUAAUACAUAGUGUACGUAGAAGCCUACAUUACAUUUAUAUUCAAAUUAGAAAUACUAUCAAAAUGACAAACGAGAUUGCGGUGGAUGGAAAGGGAUAUAAUUGGUAAUACAUGUACAUAAUGUAAUAACUAACAUAUAGUUUAGAAAUGCUUACAAAAUGUAUAAUGACAGUAGCGACUUGAUAUUGAUUUACAAACGCUUUAUAUAAAUGAGUUUUAUUCUGAGUGUCAAUUCAUUUAGAUACCAUGACAACUUAAGAUUAUCGUUAUCAAUGGAGUAAACAAAAUAACAAAAAAAAAAAAAGAGAAA